UAUCAUACACUCGAUACAGCGACCUUUUUGUUCCCUUCGUCCGUGACCGAGGCAAUAUCCGAAUCUACAAUAAUGGCCCCUCUCAAGGUUGGAGAUAAGCUCCCUGCAGACGUCCAGUUCACGUGGGUUCCGAUUGAGGACGAGGACCCUACCAAAUGCGGCAUUCCACAGGUAUAUGAUGCCAAUAAGGAGUGGCAGGGCAAGAAAGUGGUCAUCGUCAGCCUCCCAGGUGCCUUCACUCCUGGUUGCCAGGCCCGCCAUCUGCCACCCUACAUCGAGAAUUUGGAUUCUCUUCAACAGAAGGGUGUCGACCUCGUCGUUGUCAUUGCAUCCAACGAUGCGUUUGUGAUGAAUGCUUGGGGCAAGGUCAACAAGAUUAAGAGCGACAACAUCCUCCUCUUGAGCGACACCAAAACCUUCUUUUCCAAGGAACACGGCUGGAUGUUGGGCGACCGCAAUGGUCGGUGGGCCAUGGUAGUUGAGAAGGAUGGCACCAUUAGCUAUGCCGAGACGGAAACGAGCCCAGGCCAGGUCACGGUCUCCGGUGCAGAUGCUGUUCUGGCCAGGUUGUAAGCCACAGAUGCUUAAAUUGUCAUUGGAACUUUGAACUGUUCAUAGUGGCAGGCUAAUUGUAGCGAGGGACUCCGAGUUCAUCAACGACGGAUGUCAAUUGCCAAAUAGCCUAGUAAAGAUAUUCUCCAGCUGACGUGGGCACAUCACGCAUUCUGCUCUUGUGACGUGCUGAACCCAUCAACAUGUAGUACAGGAAUAUAUAGGCCCGGAAGAGACCGUGAAAUAAUCAGUAACCAACCUCAUUAGUAGACGUAAGAAAGACAAACAGGCCCGACAGGGAGCAGUAGGAGUGACGGAGUUCGUCACUUGCGUGUCACAGUUUAGGG